ACAGGGUUGAUUUUACAUGAAUUGGUGGCCCAACUACCCCUGAAGUCAAACUCAGAAGAAGUGAAGCCACAAUUUCAUUCUCUGGAGAAAAUGAUUGGUUAUCCUAGAAAACUUCAACAUCUCUUGACUUUGGAUAUAUCACAGAAACAGUCAGAAGAUUUCAUUAAACAUAAGUCAAAUCGGGAUGCUGCCAGGCGUAGGUCAUUACAGGGGAAAGAUGCAGGAGCAUGGCUUGAUGUUAUUCCCUCAACAUACAAGAACGCACUUAAACCUAACAAAUUUUGUUUAACGUCUUGUAUGAGAUUGGGGAUCAGCUUGUCUUUUAGUCGAUUGCUUGAGCAUUGUGACUGUAGACAGAAGUUAGAUCAAGAAGGUUUUCAUUUGAUUACCUUUAAAUAUGGAGGCGGUCGUGUCUGGUCUCACGAUAUUAUUGUUGCUGAGUGGUUUGCUUGCCUAACGGAGCUGGGUAUUCCUCAUCAAACAGAACCAAGACAUAGAUACGUACGAACUGAUGGAAGAGCAGACAUUACAUUCUACAACAUUGAUUCUGAUGUCACCUAUGAAUGUGAUGUUUCUUUGGCUCACCCUUGGAGGAGGAAAGACAUAGUGAACGGAACUGCAAAGGCCUGCAGACAUGCAGCGACAAAACAGGAAUCAGAAAAAAGGUUACAAAUAUUCAAAGGAGAUCUGGCCAGAUGGAUCUAGCUCAGAAAUUGUUCCACAAUUUUUUAGCAUUUUGGCACAUGGAGAUGGCAAGCAGAAAAUUUACUGCAUGAACUGGGAAGAAAGGCAGGUUUUAUUGAAGGAAGACAAGUAGAUCAGAGUUAUGUCAUAUUGGCGGUGACGUUUUUCUGUGACUCUCCAAAAAUGCAAUAGUAAAGUUGUCUUGAGAAAAGUGUCUAAGUUGUCAACAAACAGACUAAUGGAAGAUAAUGUAGUUAGCAGAGACAGCUACAGUCAGUGCUUCACACAUUGAAGUAGUUGAACUUGUAACUUGUUUAUGAAGCAUUUUCUUUUAGUAUUGAAAAAUCAUGUAUUGUAUUG